AUGGCUGAACACAAUACCCGAUCCAAGGCCAUCGACGGCGCCAUCCUUCGCCUCACCCAAAACCAAUCUCUCCUCACCAACUCCCAAAACAAGCUUAACACUAAGCUUGAUUCCAUCCUCACCCAACUUUCUCAAAUCGACCUUUCCAACGCUCCUCAACCUCCCUCCCCCCACUCCAACUCUACCUCUUCCACCUUCCUCAAACCCCACAUGAAACUGGACAUUCCCCGGUUUGAUGGGCACGAUGCUACCGGUUGGAUUUUCAAGAUAACCCAAUUUUUUGAGUACCAUUCCACACCCGAAGAGGAUCGCCUCAAGGUCGCUUCAUUUUACAUGGACGGUGCCGCCCUCAGCUGGUUUCAGUGGGUGCACCACAAUGGCUUGGUUCAGUCCUGGCCUAGCUUCCUCCAAGCCCUUGAGACCCGCUUUGCUUCGUCCUACUACGAAGAUCCUCGUGGUCUCUCCCCUGAAAUUAAACGGGAGGUUUUAGCAUUACAACCACUCACCUUUACUCAGGCCGCAGCUUUGGCUAAAUUGCAAGAGGACAAGUUUCAUGAUCUGCACAAAGGCUCACGGAAUCAUUUUUCGUUCUCGCCACCAUCGUUUUCCUCCACUCCUUCUCCCUUGCCGUCAACGGGCCGUCCCCUUCCUCCAUUACUCCCUACCCCUCCCAGGACCAAUUACAAGAAGCUCACUCAUGAGGAAAUGCUCUCCCGACGCGAGAAGGGGUUAUGCUAUAAUUGCGACGAAAAGUUCCACCCUGGACACAAGUGCAAAGCUCGUUUUUUCCUCUUAGUCGCUGAGGCAACAGAUGAUGAUACAACUUUCCCCUCUACCUCUCUUGUGGAUCCUGACCCAGAUCCACUUCCUUCAGAGACUGAACCGACAGAGCUCUCUUCAGCCCAAAUUAGCUUUAAUGCACUUUCUGGGCUCCCUGCACCAGAAGCCCUGCGUCUUUUGGGCCUUAUUUCAAAGAAGCAGGUAACUAUUCUUGUGGAUGGUGGAAGCACUCAUAACUUCAUUCAAGACUGUGUGGCUAAAUUUCUUAACCUACCGAUGCAACCCACUUCCACUCUCAAGGUGAUGGUUGGCAACGGUAGCAUCAUCGAGUGUCACCAUUUUUGUCCAGCUGUUCCGGUCUGGAUUCAGGGCCAUUCUUUCGAUGUGGAUUUACAUGUCCUACCCAUUAGUGGAGCAGACGUCGUAUUGGGCAUCCAGUGGCUCAAACUUUUGGGCCCUAUUGUGACAGACUACUCUAAUAUGACCAUGCGUUUUAUUAAGGAGGGCCGAAUGAUUGAAUUAAAAACUGAUGCUUCAUCUGGGCCGCAAGACAUUUCAGCCCACCAACUAAAGCGUAUUUUCCAAACCAACUCAGGUGCGGCUUAUUUUCACAUCCAAAUUUUACCUUCCUCUACUACCCUUAACACCACCCCCACUGUUACUCCUCCUUCUCAUCAUAAUCCCCUUAUCUCUUCUCUGAUCCUCCAAUAUCAAUCCCUUUUCCAUCCCCCCACUACAUUACCACCUCCACGCCCCACAGACCACCACAUUCACCUCUUACCAAAUGCCUCUCCCGUCAAUGUACGCCCUUACCGAUACCUCCACUUUCAGAAGUGUGAAAUCGAAAAGCAAAUUGAUGAAAUGCUUCAAGCAGGGUUGAUCCAACCUAGCCACAGCCCUUUCUCUUCCCCUGUUCUCCUUGUAAAAAAAAAAGAUGGCAGCUGGCGGUUCUGUGUGGAUUUUAGGGCUCUCAAUUCUAUCUUAGUGAAGGAUCGAUUCCCCUUACCCACGAUAGAUGAACUCUUGGAUGAAUUGGGUGGUGCCAAAUGGUUCUCCAAACUCGAUCUUUGCCAGGGUUUUCACCAAAUCCGUAUGUCUGAAGCUGAUAUUCAGAAAACCGCUUUCCGCACUCACACGGGCCAUUAUGAGUACAAGCACUUCAUUCGAAGCUCAUUACUACAUUUGGAGCGUACUCUCCAAAUUUUGAUUGAGGGACAGUUCUUCCUUAAAGGAUCUAAAUGCGUUUUUGCACAACAGCAACUUGAAUACUUGGGCCAUAUUGUUUCUGCUCAUGGAGUUGCUGCAGAUCCUUCGAAAAUAGAGGCAAUGGUGAAUUGGCCACCCUCUAACUCAAUCAAGGCUUUGCGUGGUUUCCUUGGUUUGACAGGGUUCUAUCGACGUUUUAUUAAGGGGUAUGCUUCAUUGGCUGCGCCAUUAACUGCUCUGUUAAAAAAGGACAGUUUCCUCUGGUGUUCUGUCUCUCAAUCAGCCUUUGACAAGCUCAAGAAUGCUAUGACAGCAGCUCCAGUAUUGGCCCUUCUGGAUUUCAACCUUCCAUUUCAGCUUGAGACUGACGCCUCUGGAUGCGCUAUGGGUGCUGUGUUGAUGCAGCGUGACCACCCCAUUGCAUUUUUUAGUAAGCCUUUCUACCAUAGGCUACUGCGUUCUUCCACUUAUGUCAUGGAAUUGCAUGCUAUAACUUCCGCCGUUAAGAAAUGGCGGCAAUACUUAUUGGGCCAUCCUUUUGUUAUACUCACGGAUCAUCGUAGCCUAAAAGAAUUGAUGACUCAGGUCAUUCAAACCCCCGAUCAACAAGUUUAUCUCUGCAAGUUGUUGGGGUAUGAUUAUACUAUACAGUAUAGGGCAGGAAAACAUAACGUAGUCGCUGACACUCUCUCACGCCCAACUGAGCCUGAACAGGGUCAAUUUUUCAUCCUAUCUAUGCCUAGGUUCAUUUUCUUGGAUCAGUUGCGAAAGUCCCUUCAUGAUAGUUCUGAUUUUGUCUCAUUGCUAGCUGAAGACGAUGAUGGUGGCCAAAUAAGUACACCUUUUUCAGUUGUCACUAGAGAGAAUCCGGAAAACUACCCCAUUGGGCAUGAAGUUCAAGCAACAUCAGAUCAUGGGUUAACUCCACCACAAGUCAAUGCAAAUCAAUCUAUUCAAGCAACUCAAACUGAAUUCAUUCAAGGAAAUGACAUUAAAUCUAACAUGUUCAUCUCUGUGGAGACAAAAGCUAAACCUUCACAAAAGGCAGAGGAUUUUGUGGAAGAAGUUACUGGUUUAGAAAUACCCUUACCAACCAUUUCACCAGCAGAUGCAGCAAAUGCCAAGAUAAGUCCUUUGGAUAGUCUUCUACAUAAAACCCAUUCAAAUGUAAGUUUACCAUAUAGUGUCUGUUUGAUUUAA